AUGCAAAAAAAAAAUAAUUAAUUAAUACUAUCCCCUAGUGGCUUGGGAAGUAAUAUAAAGCCUGGAUUGUUUUCUAAGCAUUGCGAAUUAAAUAAAUUAAAUAAAUAAAAAAGUUUUAAAAUUGAGGAGACUCUAACCCCAAAACUAUUUGAAACAAAAGAAUCAAGUUUUGCACCUUAACCAAAAUUAUAAAAAAGUCAAAGGUACUGAUUAAAUAUACUCAAUAAUAGUGCUUCUCGAUUACUUAUUUCUAAAGAAUAAAGAUAAGAAUAAGUUGAGAGACUAUAGAUACAAAAAAUAUCAUCAAUCAAACAAGAUUAGAUUACUGAACUAUCAUAAAAAUUAUAUAGAGAGCUAAUAGAAUUUAAUGAAUAGGCAGAUUUUGGAGGUUAAAAUGAAAUAUAAAUGUGGAGUGAAGAAAUGAUUAAAAAAUUACUCAUUAUUAAAACUAGUUUGGAAUGUAAAUAUAUCAAUAAAAUAUUAGAAUCUGAACUCUUAGAAAAUCAAGAUAAUGUUAGCGAAAAUUAAUAGUAUCUAUUUUUAUAUUUUAAGAAAUGAUAUAAUAUUGAAUUUAUAGAAGGAGUUAAAUGAUGAAAGGAAGGAAAGAUACAAAAUUGAAGAAGAAGCAACAAAUUUAAUUACUGAAUAAGAGUUAGAAAUUGAUAGAUUAGAAAAACAGUUAAAAAUGCUAGAAGAAAAACAUUCUUCAUGA